CAAAAUAAGGUCAUUUCCGGUUUGUUGUCGAUAUUUUCGUCGGCUGGUUUACAAACUCGACUCUAUUGGUUUACUCAAGAUUUUCAGGUAAUUUACCACUCUUAAAGCAUAUUUAAUAUUUUUGGAGACGUCCUACAGGUUUGUUUUUUUAAUACAAAAUUCGUGCAUUUUAAUCAUUUUUUAGUUGUCAAAGGUAUUGAUUUGUACAUCGUAGAUUAGCAGUACAAGUGAAAAUUUAGGAUUGCUGUACAUUAAACUGGGUUAUCAAAUAUAUAAUUUGAUUAUUGUAUGUAAGAUGCCUACGAUAUCAUAAGAAUUAUUAAGUAAAUUAGAAUUAAGUGGUAUUAAAUAACUGAUCAACUAUUCAAAGUCUAUCCCCUAGCUGACUGUACUUUUAGAGGGUAACAAAUUCCAUUAAACAGUUUGUUAUACAACUGUAAAGUUCAUUCUAUUCUAAUACUAAGAAAAUUUCUUUUACAUAACAUUUUAAGCAAAUCGUUUUGUAUAAAAUUGCCACAUUUUUUUUAAUUGAUUCCUUUUUUUUACUGUCUAUUUAAGAUUAAAAUUUUCUGUAUCUUAAGGAUUUUAUAAAUUUAAAUAUUGAUAAUUUUUGUUUUUUUUAAAAAGCCAACUCCUUGUCCAAACUAAAUGAACUAAGUGCUUUUUAGAAGAAGUUAAAAUUAAAUAUAUAUUUUAUGCAUAGUAGGAAUAAGAGAGGGUAAAAAUAAAAAAAAGAACAGUAUCUCUGAAGGAAACUUUGUUCCUAACAGAAUAUGUAACGAAUGAAAAAUAUGGCUAUACCUCCAAACAGAACCGGAAUGCCAUAUAACAACUUCAAUGCUGAAUUUCCUUUACAGCAAAACGGCCCGAAACCAACAAUGAUGCCAGCAAACUCGUUUCCUAAUUUGCAACCGCCUAAUAUACCGCACAAUGCAUCUGCACCUUCAUUAGUUUCGUUGCAACAACCUGUAACCUCAUAUUACGCACCGCCAGCCGAUACUAAGGGAAUGGCUACAAACUAUGGACCACCCAUUGGUGGACUUUCGAAUAUGCAUAUAUCAUCAACUUGUCCACCCGUAUUGAAUCCAUCUUCAGUAAACAAUAGGCCGAGCACUGUACGACAACCUGGUGUUCCAGCGCCUCUGCCAUCGAAUUAUCAUUCAUAUCCGAAUAUUCCAAUCAUGCCUGUGCCUCAAGGACCUACAGGAAUGCAAAAUCCCGGACCGACCACAUCAUCUCGUCCCCCUGGUACUAUAAAUCAACCCAAUAUACCAGGACUUCCUCCAGGGUCUCUUCCUCCUCAGCCUACAGGUCCAUCUGUACCACCUUUGGGAGGUCUUAGUAGACCACCAGUUCCUUCUGGAUCGAAUGGUCUACCAGUCUCCUCCGGACCGCCAGGACCUAUUAUGCCUCCAGGACCACCUGGACAUAUUGGGCAUAAUGGGCCCCCUAUAUCUAUAGGACUCAAUGGUCCUCCGGGAUUGAAUGGACCAAGCGGCCCUCCAGGACCUUCAGGAAUAAAUGGACCGCCUGGGCCUAAUGGACCUCCAGGACCUCCUGCACAAUUCGGGUCCAAUAUUUCUUAUUCUGGUGGAACUUUUCCUCCUAAUCCGUCAGCACAGUUUAACGCUGCAAGUGCAUGCCCUCCACCUGCAAUGAGUUCAAAUUCAACACCUACUUUCGAUAGCAGCAGUCGACAAACUAGUACUGGAUUUGCUCCACCUCCGUUAACGAGUAGCACCUUAAAUACUGGGUUCCCCCCGCCAUUAAAUACAAACGGUAGAAAGCAAGUAUGGAAUUUAAUGCAAGAGCGUCAACUCAUAUCACCAGAAGGAUUGGAAACACCCGAACCAACAUUGCCCCAUGACUGGAAACAAGUUAACUGUUCGCCUGAAAUAUUUCGUGCAACUUUAAACGCAGUACCUGCCACUUCGAAUUUAUUGCAGAAAGCUCGUCUGCCUUUGGGUGUUCUUAUUCAUCCUUUCAAAGACCUUUCACAACUACCUGUUAUUCAAAGUCCACAAAUAGUGAGAUGUCGAGCGUGUCGAACAUAUAUUAAUCCUUUUGUCACGUUUGUUGAUAGUCGAAGAUGGAAGUGUAACUUGUGCUUUCGGAUUAACGAUGUUCCUGAAGGUUUUUGUUAUGAUCCCGUUUCUAGAAGUCAUGGUGAUCCUCAAAAGAGACCAGAAAUUCAGAGUGCAACAGUUGAAUUUAUAGCGCCUACUGAAUAUAUGCUCCGUCCUCCCCAACCAGCGUGCUACGUAUUUGUAUUAGACGUUAGUUUCAAUGCUGUUCGCACGGGAUAUUUACAGACAUUCUGUUCUAUGUUGCUCGAAUGUUUAGAUAAUCUACCAGGGGAUAAGCGAAUGCAAAUUGGUUUCUUAACUUUUGACCGAACCGUUCAAUUUUAUUCACUUGACGGAGCAGAACCGAAGAUGAUGAUUGUAGGUGACAUUGACGAUAUAUUUUUACCUACACCUGAGUCUUUAAUGGUUCACUUCCGUGAUGAAAAUAAAAAUGUUGUGAAAGAGUUAUUGGAAAAGCUACCAUCAAUGUUUGAAGACAAUCAAGAGACAGCCUCAGCUCUUGGCGCUGCUCUUCAAGCUGCACGUAUGAUGAUAGCAACUACAGGAGGUAGAAUAACUGUUGUUCAAACGAUCUUACCAUCUGUCGGUCCUGGAAGUUUAAAGUGUAGGGAAGAUCCAAAUGACAGAGCCAGUAAAGAGGUGAAAAAUUUGGGUCCUGCAACUGAUUUUUACAAGUCUUUCGCAUUACAAUGUUCUGAGGUUCAGAUAGCUAUCGAUUUAUUUGUACUCGCCUCCCAAUACGUCGAUUUAGCAACAAUCAGCGGCAUGGCCAAGUACUCUGGAGGAUGUCUUCAUUAUUACCCAGGAGCUCAUGCUCAUAACAAUGUACCAGAAUUGGAAAGGUUUGAAGAGGAUGUAAGGAGAUAUUUAACUAGGAAAAUUGGUUUUGAAGCUGUGAUGAGACUACGGUGCACUAAAGGGUUGGCUAUACAUACCUUUCACGGAAACUUCUUUGUGAGGUCUACUGACUUGCUGAGUUUACCCAAUGUUAACCCAGAUGCUGGCUAUGGAAUGCAAUUGGCAAUAGAAGAAAAUUUAAAUGAAAUGCAAACAGUUUCUUUUCAGGCCGCAUUAUUAUAUACUUCAAGCAGGGGAGAAAGAAGAAUAAGAGUUCACACUCUUUGUCUACCAGUUGCAAACAGUAUUCAAGAAGUCUUUGCAAAUGCAGAUCAAGAAGCAAUUGUUGGUUUAUUAGCUAAAAUGGCAGUUGAUAAAUCGUUAACCUCUCUAUCAGAUGCGAGAGAUGCUAUGAUAAAUGCAGUUGUUGAUAUGUUGUCUAGUUAUGCUAGUGCAGUAGCAGGAAGUAAAGUUCCUGGAACACUUGCCUGCCCGGAUUCACUCCGACUUAUGCCCUUACUCGUAUUAGGAUUGAUUAAAUUUACGGCAUUCAGAGUCGGCAUUUCAACAAAAUUAGAUGAACGAUUUGCAGCUAUGGAACUCUGCAAAACUGAACCCUUACAGUAUCUAAUUCUUCAUAUAUAUCCAAGAUUUUAUCCUGUUCAUAAUCUGGACACUAAACAAUUAAUAUCGGAGGGUGACGAUGAUAUUCCGCAAGCACCUGUGAUGCAUCUAUCAGCUGCUUACCUGGAAAGAACUGGAGCAUACAUAUUAGAUGCCGGCUCAAAAAUGUACUUGUGGUUGGGUAGUGCCAUAGAUCAAAAAUUUGUACAGCAAGUUUUUGGAGUUGAAUCGUUCAAUAGGGUACCCGAUGGAUUAACAACUUUACCAGAAAUUGAAACUGACUAUUCAGAGUUAUUAAGAAGUUUUGUAGACAAUUUAACAAGCAGUAGACCAAUGAGUGUUAGUUUACAGCUUGUGAAAGAUGAUGGAAAGGGUAGGGCUGCUUUUGCUCAACGUUUAGUUGAAGAUCGAACAGAGGGGGCGCUAAGUUAUUAUGAAUUUUUGCAGUACUUGCAGAAAGAAAUCAAAUAA